AUGGGCAGCUCCUUCACCUCCCUUUAUGUCUGUGCCUGCUACCCUUCAGUGGGUACAGGCAGCUCCUCUUCCUUCCUUGAUCUCUCUUCUGCACAUAUAGUCAAUGAGGAAUUAGAAGAAUUGCUUUCCCAGCAACAACAAAUUGAAGGCAGCUAUAAGAAAGCAAUUGCUAAGAAACAACAGUUGAAAUCCAAGACAAAAUACAGCCAAAGUUUGGCAAAAGCUGAUGAUGAAAUAGAAUCAAUUGUCCUCACUUCUAUUUCUUCUUGCUCCCUUCACUUCCAAGACCUUUACAGUCCUUCUCUCUUUCUUAUAUUUUUCCUUACACCCUCCACUUCUAAAACUUUACAGUCCUUCUCUCUCUAUUCUAUUUCUCCUUACCCCCUCCUCUUCGUAAACGUUUAUAGCCCUUCUCUUUUUCUACUAUUUCUCCUUGCAUCUUUCUUUCUCUUCACUUUUUCUAUCAUAUUCAUUUUUUACUUACCCUUAUAUCUUUUCCAUUUAUUUUUAUUGUCUUCUUUCAUUUUUAUAACCUUACUACAUUUUUCUUUCAAAGUUUUCUUCUCUCUUCCUCUUCCAUUAAUUAUUUUCUCAUUCUUUUUUCUUUACUCUUCUCUUCCUUUUCUGAAAUUUAAUCUCUCUUUAUACAAAUAUCUACAAUGCUAUUUAUCCAUUACAGUGAUAUUCUAUUUAUUUUAA